AUGUGUCAAUGUUUUGCAUAUACAAAACGUUUUCGUCCCUCACUCUCGUCUUCAAACUUUUCCUCCUUUUGUAUCGUAUUCGCUCUUUUACUGCCCAUAUCGAUAAAACAUGCGGGACAGAAUGGAGAUGCUUCUUCUUCUUCUCCUUUCUAUAAUAACACUUUUCCUUUUCUUUACUUUUUUCUCCUCCUCCUUUUUCCCACAUUAUCUCUUAUCACUGCUCAUCAAUCCAUACUUAUUGUCACCUCUUUAUUUAUUACCAGCAAACGGGUGCGCCUUCGGCGUGAAUCGUUCUUUUAG